UUUAUUGAUUGAUUUCAGUGGCAUCUUCUGGUUGCUAACAGGUAUCAAGCAGUGCGACAGGCUAUUGGGAAUUCCAUGAAAUAUCUAGGGAAUGAGUUUUUGAUUUACAUAUCUGUUUGCCUUGUCUACAAUGUUGCAGCUAAAAAAAUUAUAUGCAUACAAAAUCCAAUAGUCAAUCAGCCAUCUUCUCGGUUAUGUCAUUUAUAAUUUAAUCCACACCAGUGGCAUUCUAGUUUUGCGGACGAGUUUUAGUUUUGUCGACUGCAUGGUUCAGAUGUGAGGGGAUCAUUUACAAUAGAAAAACUUGCGAUAAAAAAUGGAAAAUAUUGAGAAGGCGAAGAAUUCUGUUACCGAACUAGGAAAAUCCAUCAAAAACAACAUACGCGUGGUGAAACGCAAAGCUUCCCAAGGUUUUGGGAAUACAGCGGGAGCUGCACUACCAGAAUACGACAAAGAAGAGGCAGUAAAUGCCAUGAUUUCCAAAAUUCCCAGUUCCCCACCGGUUGCGGCUUCGAACUUGACCCUCCGAGACGCCGACAUGUCAUCGCAAGUCACUUUACGAGGUGUUGGAGCAACAGCAGGCACUUCAACUGGUUCGGCUGUUCCCCCGAAUAUCCCUUCGCACCUUCAUGCGUAUUUCACAAACGCCAUGAAAUCGGGCCCACUCACGACGGCAAAAGAGCUUGUAGCGGUCUCCUCCCAAAGGGCAUUUUCGGAACGCGAUUCGGGAAUAUCGUCUUCUGUUUUGGCAAAAACCGCACACUUUACUGAAUCUGUAGAGAGCGAUCAAGCCUGGAACUGGAAGGAACUUUUUGCGGAGCUUCGUGCCGAGGAAGCCGACAAGAAGCUACCGAAGGCCUCCGAUAUUAGGAAGGAUUUUGAACCGCCGAAACAAGUAACUGCAAAAUUUACUCGUCCUGAAUCUGGGAGAGCCACGCCAAUUCGGAAUACGCCUAAUGGGGAUAUCGUCACAAUUAGCUGACGCUACUGUUAUACUAACACGGUACACAGUGAAAGGUCACCAGUUUGAGACAUAAUUUUUUCAUGUUUCUGUGUAUGAGUGUUAAUACAUCUAUCGCUAUGAUGUAAAAGAGCAGAACCAAUUAACAUCGAAGCCUUAUAGUAGGAGGUAGCUCGUGCUAUAUAACUAUACUGUUUGAAAAAAUUCCUGACUUCUGACCAGUCAUGUUUUGGAUUAUUGGAUUAACUUGUUGCUGCACUGCAGUACAACAAUUAACAUGUUAAUUCAAAACCUAAGUUAAUCGGUUUAAAUAGUUGACGGA